GGUUUUAAAUUUAAUAGGACACUCUCUGACCUCACCUGUCUGCACCCCCACUCUCUCUCUCUCUCUCUCACUACACUUUCUCUCUCUACCAAUGAUGAAUCAAACAGGGACAAGAAGAAGAGCUUAGUGAAAAAACCCAACAAUAGUGUAAUGGUGUUUAUCAAGACAAGCCAAUCAAAAAUGAAAACCCAUUUGAUCUUCUUCACUACCAUUCUCUUCUCUCUCCUCGCCGGAAAAUCUGACCUAGCCGCUGACAGAGCGGCGCUUCUCGCUCUCCGCGCCGCCGUCGGCGGCCGAUCCCUUCUCUGGAACACCUCCGCGACCACCCCAUGUUCUUGGCCCGGCGUGACAUGCCAGUCCGACAUCAUCACCGAGCUCCGCCUCCCUGGCAUGGGGCUUUCCGGCCAAAUCCCACCACACACAAUCGGAAAUCUGACCCGCCUCCACACACUCAGCCUCCGCUUCAACGCCCUCUCCGGCCCACUCCCAAACGACCUCGCUUCCAUUUCCGGCCUCCGCAAUCUCUAUCUUCAGGGCAACUUCUUCUCCGGCCCAAUCCCGGACUUCAUUUUCUCUCUCCACGACCUAGUCCGUCUCAACCUCGCCUCCAACAACUUCUCCGGCGAGAUCUCUACUUCGUUCAACAAUCUGACCCGUUUGGCCACUCUCUACUUGGAGAACAACCACUUCACCGGUUCAAUCCCUGAUCUCAACAUCCCACCUCUUCAGCAAUUCAACGUUUCGUUCAAUCAAUUGACAGGUUCGGUCCCUUCGCCACUCGCCGGAAUGCCCUCCAACGCAUUCGCCGGAAAUUCUCUAUGUGGUGGACCGCUUGUCUCUUGCAAUGGGACAAUAAAUGGGACAACAAAUGGGGGUGACAACAAACUCUCCGGCGGUGCAAUCGCCGGAAUUAUAGUUGGGGUAGUAGUUGGGGUUUUGUUCAUUCUACUAAUUUUGUUAUGUUUGUGUCGCAAAAAGAGUGGUACUAGUAAGAAAGCCGAUUCGAAAGAUAUAGCCACAACGAAGAAUGUGGAAGUUGAAAUUCGUGGCGAAAAAUCUUCCGGUGGUGAUGGGGAUAGUAUGAGCUCUGGGUUUUCGUCAAUGGCGGCGGCAGCUACGAAAAAGGGUAGUGCCAGUGGGACUAAGAAACUGGUGUUUUUCGGGAAUUCGGAGAGGGGUUUUGAUUUGGAAGAUUUGCUGAGGGCAUCGGCUGAGGUGUUGGGGAAAGGCACAUUUGGGACGGCGUAUAAGGCGGUGCUGGAAAUGGGGACGGUGGUGGCGGUGAAGAGGUUGAAGGAUGUGUCGGUGCCUGAGAAGGAAUUCAGGGAGAAGAUAGAAGCAGUGGGAGGAAUGAAUCACGAGAAUUUGGUGCUUUUGAGAGCUUACUAUUAUAGCAGGGAUGAGAAGCUUCUUGUCCAUGAUUACAUGCCAAUGGGGAGCUUAUCUGCACUUCUACAUGGAAACAAAGGAUCUGGUAGGACACCAUUAAACUGGGAAACAAGGUCUGCUAUUGCCCUUGGAGCUGCUCGUGGGAUUACAUACCUCCACUCGAAGGGCCCUACUGUCUCCCAUGGCAACAUUAAGUCAUCAAACAUUCUUCUCACUAACUCCUACGAAGCUCGUGUCUCGGACUUUGGCCUUGCUCAUCUUGUUGGACCCACUCCCAGUCCCAACCGCAUUGCGGGGUACAGGGCACCAGAGGUGACAGAUGCUCGCAAAGUCUCACAGAAAGCGGAUGUCUACAGUUUUGGUGUUUUGCUGUUGGAACUGCUGACAGGUAAGGCUCCCACUCACGCUCUCUUGAACGAGGAGGGGGUAGACCUCCCAAGAUGGGUCCAGUCUGUGGUUCGAGAGGAAUGGACAGUUGAGGUGUUCGACCUUGAGCUCCUCAGGUAUCAAAGUGUCGAGGAGGAGAUGGUUCAGCUCUUGCAACUAGCUAUCCACUGUGCUGCUCAGUAUCCCGAUAAGCGCCCUUCAAUGGCUGAGGUGACGAGCCAAAUUGAGGAGCUUUGUCAUUCUAGCUUAGGACAUGAUCAAACCCCGGAUAGUGGCAGAGACAAUGAUGCAGAGCAGCAGAUUCAGUCUAUCGGUUCGGAUGCACCAUGAUCAUCAGCUGCAAACUGAAGAAAAAUCAACGUCUUCCAUUGUUUCCACAUUUUUAGCAUACACAAUUUGGUGCUUUCAUUUCUUUGUUCUUGCAAUUUCUUUUCUGACUACCUUUUCUUGUAGCAGCAACAAAUUUCUUUUCCCCUGUAAUUUCACAUUUUAUGAAAAAUGUCAGACGGGGAAUUUCGAUAUUAUUCUUUUUUUUUUUUUUUUUGGUUGUGUGGAAGAUUGUCAAUUUGUUUUGUGGCUUGAUGGCCGUGUAAUUAUAUACAUUUUGUCCAAUCUUUAUCUUUUUGAAACAACCUUGAUUUGUCGA